AUGACGGAUGGACUGGGGGUAUCAGUGGGCUGUGCCGUGGGCAUCCCUUGUGGGGUUGCGGUAUUAGUGGCUGUGAUCUUUUGGUAUUACAUGCAAAGAAAGUUCAAGAAAGAGAUUGAGGAUGACGAGGAGUCCAUGAGUGGGGACGGUACAAUCAGUUUUACCAAUCUGCACUCGAUGAGAGUGCCAGAUAACCCAGAAAAGGAUCUGCCAGUGAGCCACGUAGUGGGGGGCUCGACCUCUUCGGAUAACACUACAACUGCCCAGAACGUUGCAACGGCUGGGCAGAUGGAAGCUCAGCAGUCUCAGCCUUCUAAGAAACCCAAAAAUACAUAUAUGCCGGCAUAUCGCAAACGUUUGAAUUCUUCUCUGAGCACUCUGCAGCACCAAGAUGAGCAGAGGAGUCCUACCGAUAGUUCAAGUACUUCCCUCGACACGAAAAACCAAAAUGGACGUGCUCAUUCAACCGUGUUGGAUCAAAUGAUUCCGGUCUUGGCUCAGGACGACAAUGCCGCAGCGGCUUCCUCUGAGUUCAGCCUAACACACGAAAGGACCUCCAGUAAUGACAAUCUUAUCAAAAACCUACACAAUCACGACUUCGGGUCGUACCCUAAGCGAAGGUCAUCCGGAAACCUAACGGGAAUGAUUUCGGGUAACGUAUCCAGCGCGUCAGUGCACACCCGAACAUCAUCUGUGCACUCAGGUAAGAAAAAUAAUGAAAAUGUGUUUGACACACCAAACAGCCAGAAGUUUCACGAAGCUGUCGCCCCUAGUGAAGAAGACGCUGAGUCUAAGGGGAUGAGAAGUUAUUACAUGCUAAAAAAUAACUACGAUGUCGAAAACGCGAGUCAGAUCGCCGAGGAGGAUCAAUAUGAAAAUGAGUUUACAAACUAUUCGGAAAGCAAGAGGGAGUUCAUUAAUAGCUUAAGACCCAAGAAGAAUUAA